CUAUGGAAGAUCAUAAGAACUUUACCACAAUUUGGGCGGGAAUUCUUUGUGCCAUGAACUCUCAACUGGUUAACAGUUAACACCAAUUUUUGUCCUUUUCCGUUUUCUUUAUUAUCUAUAUCCGAAUUAUUGUUCUAUGGACAAUAAUUACAUCGUAUCAAUGUUUUAGCUCAUUUAAUUAUUUCGUUUAUUAGGCAUGGAAAACGGCGCAUGUAAAUGUGUUUACCCCUCCUCGUCCGGAAUGGGUUAUGGUCUUAUGGAUACUAAAUUACUAUCUAUUUUACCAAAAAAAAAAAUUACUAUCUAUCCAUCUUCGUAUUUAUGUGUGUUUAAUUUGGGUGCGGAUAGUAUAACAACACCCUCUAUGUUGUUAUAAUAACAACAAGUUUCAUUAAGGGCAAAACCGUACACAUACAAAGAAAUAAUAAAAUUAAAAUAUAAAGUUGUUGCGCCCCAAAAAUCCUUCCCCGUUCUCUCAAACCCUAAAGUACCGUUUGCCUCUACGGAGUCGCCGAAACCAUGCCUCCGAAGUUCCAUUCGUCUCAGCCUCUCAGGUGGUGGCGUCUUCGUCCGCGUGACCGGCGGUGAGGUCGGAGCGGCUUCCUCCCUCGUUUCCAAGAUCGGUCCAACGAGUGACUAAUCAAUCAGGGAAUGAGGUUUUUGUCAAUGGAACUGGAACUCGUUUGCGAGUUCGGACGAGGCCAUGAAGGAGGUAAAGGAGGAAGUUCUUCCGAUUGAAUUUUGGGAUGCAUUGAUAGUGGCGUCGGAAGAGGCUGUAGAGUGUGACGAUGGUGAUUGGAUGUACGACGAGAGAGGUGGAGAGCGCUUUGGAACAGGGGAAGCAGAGGGUGACGAUGGUGAUUGGCAUUCUGAUUUGUUAAUUGUCGCAAGGAGGAGAAGGAAAGGUUCUGCCGGUGGUAGCAGCCGCUCUUCCUUCCUCCCGUUCGGAACCGCUGCCGCUCAACAAUAUUUCCAAGGGAAAAAAAGAAAUGAAAGAAAGAGACAAUAUGUACCAAUAUGUGUAUAGAUUUGCUCCCAUUUCUAUUUCUAUCAAAAACGUUCCAGGGGAAAUGAUUUAUUCCCAUGCAUUUUGGAUUGGCCAUUUUAGAGUACAAUUUCUCUCGUAUUGGUUCCGAGGUUCGGAGAAAACAAACCAUAAUAAUUGAACUAUAUUGAAGUAUAAUGAAGUAAUUUGAAAGAAAUGUUUAGUCGUGGUUGGUAUGAGUUUGGUUGCCGAUACUAUAACACAUAUUUCUAAAGCACACAAGAAAUAUCUUAAUGCAUACUACAAACAAUACAAAACAAACCACAAAUCUCUUAAAACAUACUAGAAAUGCCACAAAGCAAACCAUAAAUAUUUCAAAAGCACACCAGAAAUCUUUUAAUGCAAACCACAAACACGGUAAAACAACCCACAAAAAACAUACAAAAACCUCCUAAUGCAAACCACAAGUCUCGUCAAACAUACCAGAAGCCUCCCAAAGCAAACCACAGAAGUUUCAAAAGCACACAAGAAACUUCAUAAUCCAAACCACAAACACCGUAAAGCAAACCAAAAAAACCAAACAGAAACCUUCUAAUGCAGACCACAAAUCUAUUAAAACAUACUCGAAACUCCACAAAGCAAACCAAAAGUAUUUCGAAAGCACACCUGAAAUUUCUUUAUGCAAACCACAGACAUGAUAAAACAAACCACAAAAAAAAAAUAUGAGAAAGCAAACAAAAAAAAAACAUAUAAGAAACACAAGAAAGCAAACCAUAAUACGCACAAUAAACACGAGAAAAUACACUAUAAAUCUAUAAUGCAGACUACAAAAUCCGGCGACUAGUGAUCGUUGAAUGGACUUCCUCGAACAGUGAUCAUUAUAUAAUAAUUCACUACAUUUUCAUUGUCUCAUAACAUUGUCGUCAGAUAUGAGAAAGUUAGUUUCAAAAAAAAGUUUGUAUCCCAAGUAAACGACGAGGCUCAAAAAUAAUUUAUAAAUUUAUAUAUCACAUUCAUUCCACAAUAUGAUCCUAUUUUUUAAUUUUAUUUAUUCUUUUCUUUUAUGGAAAUUAAUCUUCCAAGUAAAACAAAACUCUUGCUUUUUUCCCCAAAAAUCUGGCGCUUUUCUAGCAUUAGGCGGCCAGUAAUUAUUAGUAAUAAUAAAAAAAUAAUGGUGAAUUAAAUUGUCAAUUAAAUGAGCCUUGGGUGAUGAGGGGAGGUCACGCGCCUGCUCUAAGAAAGUGCAAGCUCAAAACACGCAGGCGGCAUGGGAAGAAAAAAAAUGUAGUGACAAUUAUGCCCUUCCUUUAAUUUUUAGCCUACAAAAAUUCAGUCAACUCAUAAAACAAAAAAGUAUGCAGAAGGGUGACUUCCUAUUGGUUGCCCUAUGUUGUUGUCAUCAUAACAACAAAUAUGGUGUUGUCACCAUAUCCGGCCCCGUUUAAUUUGGGUAUUUUUGGUUGGUCAAGUUUUACCCGUCACACUCAAAUAGUAUCCAAAAGUUGAAAUUAAAAAAAAAAAAAGUUAGCCAAAAUCAAAUGUAACCAAAAGCAAAAUAACUUAAUUGCAUUCAACUAGCAGUCUGACACCGUUCAAACUACUAACCAGCAAACAACAAAUCCAUAAACAAGACAUAAUGACUCUAAUUCUUUUUCACAAGUACCGAAUACCAAAAUUCCGAAUACCAAAUUGCACUCUGAAGCCUUGAUGUUCUUCUAAGAUCUAGGACAUGGGUUGUUUCGCCAUGGUAUUGUUGUUCUCUUUGAAGUCUUGAUGUUCUUCUAAGAACUCUGAGGAUCCUUUCAAUCUCAAUAUCAAGCGGUAUGAGAUUGACUUAAUACCGUCUUUCGCUCUUUGCAUGCAAGGAGAUUAAACGCAACGGUUCAAA